UACAGAAUACUAUAUCAUCGUUUUCAUUGUCGUGGGUAUGGAAGUGAUGAGCCUGAGGAACUUGGGUUUCGAUCCCAACCUGCUGGAGACCCUGCACGACCUGCUCGACAUCUCCGACGAGCAGAACCAACAAAGCUACCAGGCCCCCUCUCGCCGGUACGUCCGGGAGGCGAAGGCCAUGGCUGCCACACCCGCAGAUGUGAAGGAGACUAAAGAUGCGUACGUUUUCGUGGUGGAUGUUCCAGGGCUGAGGCCGGAUAUGAUUAAUGUGAAGAUUGAGGAGGACAACGUGCUGGUGGUGAGCGGGGAGAGGAAGAAAGAGAAGGAGAGGGAUCAGGGGAUCAAGUACUUGAGGAUGGAGAGGAGGCUCGGGAAGUAUCUCAAGAAGUUUGUGCUGCCGGACAACGCCGAUAUUGAGAGGAUUUCGGCCGAGUGUCAGGAUGGGGUGCUGACUGUGACAGUUGCGAAGAAGCCGCCGCCAGAGCAGAAGAAGCCCAAGACUAUUCAGAUCCAGAUAAGCAGCAACCAAGGCGGCGGCCAGGGAGGCAAAGGUGGUCAAGGCUGGGAAGAAGGUGGCGAAGAGGAACGUGGCAAGCAGGGAGGUGGCCAAGGUUGGGAACAUGGCAGGCAAGGUGGUGGCCAGGGAGGCGAAGGUGGUCAAGGUUGGGAAGAAGGUGGCCAAAAGGAACAUGGUAGGCAAGGCCGUGGGCAAGGUGACCAAGGCGGUGGCCAGGGAGGCAAAGGUGGUCAAGGCUGGGAAGAAGGUGGCCAAGAGGAACGUGGUAGGCAAGGCGGUGAGCAAGGUGGGGAACAUGGCAGGCAAGGUGGGCAGAGCGGUGGGGAGCGUGGUGCCGGUGGGUAUGAAGGACAAGUUGAAGGGCGUGACAAGUAAGCAGAGGUCCGCUCGCUCUAAUGGCAGUGCAUGAUCUGUUUACAUGAGGCUACUAUUGAAUAGCGGUGGCAGUACGUAUAUAUGUGCAUAAAGCAUAUAAGCAUCGUGUUAUUUGGUUUUUUGUGUCUGCUGUAAUUUCUUAUACUUUGGUUAUGUUUUUCUUUUAAUUUGGUCUUUCAUAUAAAAAAAAAAAAAAAAAAGAAUAAGAAGGAAAGGAAGGUUGGUGUUGUCUUUGAUAUAUUAAGGUUAAUAUAUUGUGCUCUUCCUUUUUGGAAAUGUAAAGAACCAUUAUGUGAAA